CUCAAUUCGACCCUCUAACUCAUGCGGUGUAUCCACCUCCUCACAUCAUUCACCUCACCAUUCAUUCCUACACAUCCAUCCGUCAUUCAUCCUUCAUUCACCAAACAUUCAACUCGGAAAGCAUUGCGAAAUUGCGCGAAUGGUAUCUUUCCUUUGAAGAAAAUAUCAAUUAAUGCUAGAAGGGUUUCAUCCAAGUCUUUACCAUGUCGACAUCCGAAGAUCAAGAGCUGAUGGCCAAGAUCAGCAAGUUAGCUGGCCAAAUAAAUCGCCACAAAGCCCAACGCGGUGGUUUGAAUUCGGACCCUCACCACUCCUCCCGAGCUUCCUAUCAUCGCACUGCUCCCUAUCCUCCUCGUGGAGGCUAUCGUGGCGGACGCGGUAGAAACCUGCCGACAUAUCGCAAUAAAACCCUAGUUCUCAAUGGACAAACUCGACCUGCAACCGAUGUCGACGAAAGUGCUACCGAGUCUGCUGACCCUACCACUCCGACCUGGGUCACUAAGACCGACCGUCAUAUGCAACUGAUCAACACAUCCGUAUACGAGAAGGAAACCCAGCAGCGCACUAGUGCGAUUGAGCAGACCCAUCGUCAGAAGCAAAUUCAGAGUAACAACCGCGAGAAGGCCAUUUUCAUGAAUAGUAUCUUGCAGAAUGGCGCUAGUGGCAAUCCAUUUGGAGCUUCUAACCAAACUACGCAAGCUUCCCCAUACGAGGUUUUGGUAGACGGUAUUCGUUUCCAUGUUGUGCAACUAGGUAGCAAGCUCGUCAAGGCGCCUGGCGACGUAAACCCCCCUUCGGCUACCCCAAAGAUGACAUCUAUCGGAGGCGUCAAGUUUCACCGUACUAAGCACGGCAACCUGGUGCGACACGGCAUCGUGAAGGCCCAGCGAUUCGCUGGUGGAAUUAAGAAGGUCAACGAACAAUGCAAGACCUUCUCAUGGACCGGAUCAUGCCCCAAGGGACCCGCAUGCCGCUACAUCCACGAUGCUUCCAAGACGGCCAUUUGCCGUGAAUACCUCUUAAAGGGUAAAUGUCUACAAGGUGACGAUUGCGACCUUUCACAUGACGUUACAGAAGAACGUACUCCCCUCUGCGUGCAUUUCGCCAAGGGCAAUUGCCACAACCCCUCGUGCUCGUAUGUUCACGCCGAGCAUUCCCCUUCAGACCCCGUAUGCCGCUCUUUUGGAAUUUAUGGAUACUGUGAGAAGGGAGCGCAAUGCCCCGACCGCCACGUAUUCGAGUGUCCUGACUUUAGCAACACCGGCGUUUGUAAAACCAAGGGUUGUAAGCGACCUCACAUCGAAAGGGCCAGUGUCCUUCGAAAGGCUAGCAACCGUGUGUCUUCCGAAGAGAUGGAGGAUGUAUCCAGUGACGAGGAGGAUGCUGCAGCCGAUAGCGACGAUGUUGAUUCUGACGAAGUCGAGGAGUUUGUCAAGAAAGAUGAUGACGAUGAUCUUGAUUUCGUCCAACAGAAAGAUUACAUCGGCUUUUAAUGAUGAACACCCGCAGCUUCUUACUAACCAUCUAGGAUCCUACGAAGAUGUUUGUCUCUUGGACAAUACGUGUGGUGCUUAGGGCACUCACUAUCCAUGAUUUAUUAGAUCUUGAUUUCUGGUCCGUUUUCGGCCAGUAUCUAGAUGGUACAUAUCAUCCCCGGUAGUUGGCGUUUGCAGGUUGCCUUAAUCGUACAGAGGACCGUGAUACCCCAUUCCGCGAUACGCCUCAAUUUUAGGCGAAUUUGCUAGAGUUAGGAAGAUGACGAUACCACGAGUGGACGAAGAAGAUGAAGAAAAGAAAUAAUGAGAAAAAAACCAAAAAUGAGACGAAGAUAGAUAUUCACGAUAGAGAAUAAAUAACGUAUUGCAUUACGAUUGCCUUGGCUUCAGU